AAACACAUUGGGAUUUUAUCAGCAAUCGCAUACAUUUUGUUUAUUAUUUAAAAAAUGAGAACCGCUGUGAUCCUUUUAUUCGCUUUGGUAGCGUUUGUCGCAGCCCAGGGAGUGCACGUAGUGGAUAACAAUCCCUCAUACGUGAAUGUAGUGGAUCGUAAUCCAUUAGAAGUUCAUGUCGUGGACCGUAAUCCCGCAGAAGUACAAGUAGUAGACAACAACCCGUCAGCAGUGCACGUAGUAGAUUAUAACCCAUCAGCAGUAAAUGUGGUAGACUACAAUCCGUCAGCAGGUCAGGGUCAGCAACUCAAUAACCCGGAUGGUUUUGUGAUUGACCAGUCCUUUUACAGACCGAGUAACCCCUCCAAUGGCGGCUAUGGUCAAUAUGGUCAGGGUCAGCAACUCAAUAACCCGGAUGGUUUUGUGAUUGACCAGGCCUUUUACAGACCAAGUAACCCUUCAAAUGGCGGUUAUGAACAAAUAAGUACUGGUCCGGAAUUCGUUAACUUCGGAAACAAUCAAAACAGGCCGUACCCUGGCAAGCAGUACAACUCACCACUUCUUCGCGGAGGAAAGUAAGCUACGAGUACAUCCUGUGAUACGUAUAUGAUAAUUACACUUCUAAUGAUGGCAAACAUAUUUCUCUUCUAAGAUACAAAUUGAUAAAUAAAAAAAUAAAAACCAGUGUUUUCUUGU